AUGCCAGCACCUGUUCUGGAGGCGACUGAGGCCACGAACGCAGCCAUCAAGGACUGCUUGGAGGAAGGAUGUUCUGUGGAAGCUCUGAUGGAGUUGGACAAGAAGCUGGCGAAAGAUGAGGCUACUAUCAAGAAGAGCCUUGACACAUUGCACAGCUCGCAAGCUGAAGAGUAUUCAGAGGAGAGCAAAGAACAGAUUGCGUGGUUGAGCAACUAUUUGGACCGAAGCGGAAGCCUUCGUGCCCAGCUCCAGGCAGUGAAGACAUUGAAGGCUGAAGGAGACUUGGCUGCCCAGCUCGUGCGUGCUGCGUCGGUGGCAUUCGGUGGUGGACGAAAGGGUGAUUACCCAAAGGCCUCGGCAAUUGCUUUUGCCUCGAGUGCAGCGGAAUUGAUGUGUCACUACAACGGGCCAGAGGAAGAUGGCAUCCAGGCGUGUGCGCUUGCUGCUGCCGCUAGCAGUUGCAGGACGGUCAUUUGCUCGGCUUUCGUUAAGGAUCGUAUCCGUGCCGAAUUUGUGUUGAACGAAGAUGUGAAGACUCGAGCUUUGGAGCCAAGACGGGAAGACGCGCACUCUGUCAACGUCACGUCAACGGCGUCAAUCACUUCCAUCGCUGAUAUCGGCACCGUCGUGGGAUCACCAUCGGUAUCAUUUGCCUUUCCCAGGGCGAAUCCUGGGGGUGCUGCAGAGAAGAUGCGACUAGCCAAGUAUGAGACAGCAGAUGCAGAUGGCAAUCCGGUCAACGCCCUGCUGAAGCCACAAAAAGAUGGCGAUGAGGAAGAAAGCCUUGAGGAAACGACAGAAGAGAAAGUCAAAGCAUAUGGAAUACUGACAUCCUACGCCUUGCUCUUCCUGAUUCCUUUGACAGUCUUCGCGGCAGUUUUGCUCGGCAUUUGGACCCCUGGCACAGACCUUGACAUAGGAGCUUCAAAGAAUUCGCCUUACCGCAGCAUGGGUGCUAUCUCUCGAUUUGAUGAAGCCAUGGACCAACAAAGGAGAGACUAUGAAAAUCGCGGUGAAAGGGAGUACUGA